AUGUCAACAUUUGAAAGACUUAUAUUUAAAUCUAAUAGCAACAUUUCAUUACAUUUAGGGGAUGUGAACUAUGUUGAUAUUCAAUUACUCAAACCAACUGUUAAUUAUCAGGCUAUACACUCUUCAACCAAACCAGCUUACAGUGAAAGAAUAUCUUGCAACACGCUGAUGGUAGAUGGAUUUCAAGCAAACAAAUUAAAACGGCCUGUAAAUCGUCAUUCAAGUAGUAGAACUUUAACUAAUUACGAACAAACACAUCGUCUUGUUAGAUCAUCAUCAUUAUCAUCCUGUACACAGAAAAAUUGUAAACAAGUGAAUGAAAAUAGAAAUCGAACAUUGAAUCGUCAUCAUCAUCAACAACAACAACAACUCAAACAACAAAAAAUCACUUCAUUGUCAUUCCCACAAUCAUCAUCGAUAUCAUCAUCCUCAUCCUCAUCGUCGUCGUCCUCCUCUUCAUUUUCAUCAUUCACAUUCAAAGGAUUUAAUGGUUCAAUGAAAUUGAGAAAUACAACAACCAAAUUAACUACUACCACUAAUCUAUCUUCACAAUAUACACUUAACAAAAAUGAUCAAAGCGGUACUAAUAAAUCAUGUGAAAAUGAUAAUAAUUUAGUCAAUGAUCAUGACAAACAGCAAACCAUCCUACGUUAUGAACAAAUGAAUUUAACAAAUUGUCCAAUAAUUGAUUUAAACAAAGUAUGCUCCUCUUUAAGUCUUCAAUGCAAUCAAAUUCAUCAAAUUGACAAUUUACAACAUUUUACAAAACUUGUCUAUUUAAACAUAUCGAAAAAUCAAUUGACCACAAUGAAUGGUCUGGAAAAUUUAUAUUCUUUACGCAUAUUAUUAUUAGGACAAAAUCAAAUUCAACAAAUCUGUGCAUUAGAUAAUUUAAACAAUUUAAAUAUACUUGAUUUAAAUCAUAAUCAAAUUAAAAUCGUUGAAAAUUUAUCACAUUUAACAAAAUUACAUUGUUUAAAUUUAUCAUUUAAUUAUAUUACAUCUGUCACUGGUUUAUCUGGAUUAAUUUCUUUAAGUGAAUUAAAUUUAAGACAUAAUAAAAUAUUACGCAUUGAACCAAUUGAAAAUGUGCCAAAAUUAAUUUGGAUAUUUUUAAGUUUUAAUCAAAUUCAAAGAUGGUCUCAGAUUAGCGGUUUAGCCAAUUUAAAUUUACUGUCUCAAAUUACCUUGGAUGGGAAUCCUAUUGUAUCAGAUUCAAUCUAUCAAAAGAUGAUAUCAAAUAAUAAUAAAAGAUUAUUCAAUGAUACUACAAAUGUUGUUUAUCCAUUAAGACCUUCCACUAAUGAAUCACUUAGUAAAUUAAUGACAAAUGAACAAUGUUUACUCAGGAGAAAUUUACCAAUUUCAUUUUUAUUGGAAACUGAAGAAUGCUGUCCAGAUAAACAAAAACAACAACAACAAGAACUGUCGACGACAACAACGACAACAACAGCAAAUAUUGUGCAUGAAUUGUUGAAAGAAAAUACACCUCAGACACAGCAUGAAAAUAUGAUCCAGGUGGAUUGUAUGCAUAAUUCUAUAAAUUCAUCUACUGAAAACCAUACAGAAUUAAUAAGUCAAAAUAAACAAAAUUUCACAAACUUUUCAAAUAACCUAUCUAAUUUACCCAAAUCAAACUUGUCAAUAUUCUCAUCGCCCACAUCGACAACAAAUCAAAAGAAAGAAGGAAAAGACAAGUGGACAGAAGUAGUCCCAAAUAACACUACUGCUACAAACACUAAUGAUCAUCAUAAUAACAAUAUGAUUGGUUAUAAUUCAAUUGGAACACUAACAGAUGAAUGUAUCCUAUUCCCUUUAAUUCCAUCAAGAAAAAAUACCUCAUUGAAAUUUACAUAUUAUUUAAAAGGAUUAACUCAUUUAGUAAUAGAAGGAUUUAUUCCCAAAACAUUAUUCCAAGUAACAAUUGAUGCCAAUAGUGAUAACAAUGAUCAUGGGUGUAAAUUAUCGAACACUAUUGAAAAUGUCAGUAAUUCUAAGAAAAACGCAAACGAAUCAACACAGCAUGAAAUUUAUUUCGAUCAAUUUUCUUCACUAAUCAAUGAUUUACAAAGUAUUCAAUCAAAUAAUAAUGAUAAUAAUAAUAAUAUCAUUAUUAUAUCUAGAGAUGAUGAGAAUAAUGAGAAUGAGAACAUUGAAAGUAAAGAAAAUAAUUAUUCAUUAAAAUUAUUAAAUUUGAAUCGUAUUUUGAAAUUAACAAUUAGAAAUGUGAAUUGGAAUCUAUUUGUCAAUUGUAUACACAAAUUACAUGAAUUAUUACCACAAUUGAAGGAAUUAAAUCUUCAAAAUAAUGAACUAAAAUAUCUACAUCAGAUUACUGAUCUAAUUGAUUUUCAAUAUUUAAAUGAAUUAAAUAUCAAUGGUUCCAAUGGUAGUAAUCCAAUUGUUCAACAAGCUGGUCAAUUAUGGCGUCCAUUUAUUAUUUGGAGUCUUGUUCAUUCAGUAAAUUUAACAUUUUUAGAUGGUAAACUUAUUACACCAGAUGAAGUGAACGAAUCAAAAAAUCUAUUCAACUUAUUCCAUGAAAGAUUAAAAAUGAGUAACUCCUACUACUCAACAAUAUCAGACCUACCCGUUUAUAAAAAUUUGAAAACUAUCAACAAUCUAAGCAAUAUGAAUAAUGAUAAAAUCUUAAUGAAUAUUGAUAGCUUAAGAAUGAUGAAUUCAAUAAUACCAAAAUUAAAUGUACAUCAUAAUCCAUACAUUAGAAAUAAUAAUAAUAAUAACAAUGAUAUCAAUAAAUGCAAUCACAUUAUUGAUGCAGCAAUCACGACAUUAAUGAAUAAAACUUCUACGCUUGGUGGUAGCUGUAGUAAUUUUGUUGAACAAAGAAAUUUAUUGCUUACAAAAACCAGACUUAAUGACAAUAAUAAUAAUAAUAAUGGACUAAGCAGAUACAAUUCAAUGGACUCAAUAAAACAAUCAUCUUUUUGUAAAUCUAAAACAAAUCAACAAUGUUCAAUCAAUGAAUUCAAACAAACUCACAAUGUAUCUUCGACAUUGAAACAAGCGGAAACUUUCGAAAAUGAAAUACAAUCAGUUGAAGAAAAAUUAUCAAGACAAAAUCAACUUUUAAAAAAUUGGCCAUCGAUACUAGAACGAUUAAUUCGUCAAGCGUUAACUGAUAGUGAUUCUACUACUAAUAUGCUUUAAUUAAAAAUAAACAUCUUG